AUGGCUGCUUACGUGGGCUCGUCAGCAGUCAAACUUGCAUGGGUAAAUCACGAUGCACAGAAUAUGAAAGCUGCACCGAAUCGUGUGCAUGUCUUCCAACAUAUACAGGGUUCGUAUCGCAAGUGGAAGAAGCGGCAGGACAACCAGUCAUUGGCCGCCUCAGCCAAAGUGCCUGGCGCAAUUCUCAGAUCCAGUUCGGAUAACGGCCAACAUCCCAUUUGCGAUAACUCGAAAACUCGUAAUGCAAUCCUAUCUACGAGCAUUUCCACGAAUAGUAGUCACCGAUCAAAUCCUUGUCACGGCGUCGUUCGACGGCAGUUUUCGCCCCUGACCAUUCUUCAACAUGGCAACUCUGACCCUUUUAGUGUGUUCUCCGUCGAGAUCACCCCACAAGUGAACUCGAUGCUAUCUUUCUAUAGAACUGACAUACUCACGGCUCUAUGUCACGUGGACUUGACCAACGGGUUUACAAACGAUAUCGUUGACAAAACAUGGCAGACCCAAGUCGAGAGCCUCAAGGAUCCAGGGCAUAGUUAUGCACUCGUUGCUUCCGCUGCGGCUGUUGCUUCCAGAACUGCCACUACAUCUCACUAUCUCGAUUAUGCAGCCGCUUGCCGCUUAAAAAGCAUCCAUUACUUGAAAGGUAAACUGGCUGCGCCUGAUAGCUUCCUGAACUUCGCAUCGAUGGAGCACAUCAAUAGCGCUUGCGAAGCAGAGAUAUACGUCGGCAACAUGACGGGGGCUCGGGCCCAUAUGCGUUGGUUAAGGCGUCAAUUCGAGAAAUUUCUCGAGCGCGAACCCCUGAAUCGGAUGAUGCUGGUCCAAUUGGCCAAUGAUUUCUACCUUGAUGUACAAAUUGCUAUGACAACCAUGCAGAGAACCUCAUUUGAUGUCCACAAUUGGGUGCCACGGGCCACGGCUGAUGCCAUGAAGUUUGCGUCGCAAUGCCUACCAGCUUUCAUGCAAGAAGUCUCAGAGGAAUUCAACGCCGCCAUCGAUAGUGAAUUACAGCGAUUGUUACUCGAUAGGCGCAAAGCUGGAAAGCUAUGGCUGGAGAAGUCUGAUGAACCAGUGCUCCAGCCGGAGUUAGUUUACUUUCAUGCUCUUAUGAUCGGCGGACUCCACUUUGGUCGAAUGCUUGACAGAUACUUGACUUAUCAAACCAUGGAUGCAUCAGCAGAACAUUCCCUCACACAGAUCCACCUGCAGCAACACUUGUCCCUGAGUGUUCUCUAUUGGAUGUACUUGUGUGGCAGAGAGGUGCAUUUGCACGAGCGACUUCUGUUCGACGGAACGAGUCUGUUGCUCCAACAUCUCCGGGACAGUGUGGCAUCGGCGAGUCGGCAUCUCACAAGUGAAGAAUGUACUACCGAAUACAAUGAGACCAAACUAUAUGCGCUGUACACCGGGGCCUUUUCCGAGCACCGUCAGCGCACCCUCAAUCCUGAACCCGCACGAGCUUGGUUCAACGAGCAACUUGCGCAGCAUGCGAUUAGUAUGGGCAAACGUACCUGGCCGGAGGUUGAGGCUGUAGUGGCAACAUUUCUAUACUAUUCACCACUCGAACCAUCUGGUAGCCAAUGGUUCCAGAACUCCAUCGAUAUUCACCUCGAAAGCAGAGUUGAAAACAAGCCGGAGGAUCAAUCCUUCCAAGGGCCACUCAAUCCGGAGGUUCAUGUUUUGACCAAGUGA